UAAUGUGCCCCCCCACACUAUCGUCAAUGGAAUCUCUAGGGCUUCUUCUCGGUCACUAGCUCUAGGGCGAUUAUAGCGAUUCGAUUUCUCGAAAUUCGAGUUUCGAUGGUGAACGACAGCGACGCUGAAGCUUACGCCUCCGAUUCGAAGUCUCCUUCAGCUUCUUCGGAUCACAGGUUUGAGGUUAAUGAGAUUCACGAUACAGAGCCGAUUGAUGAUGAUGAUGAUGAUGAUAAUGAUGAUAUCUCCUUAGUUGAAAAUCUAUUCAACGAUACGGAGCUCGUAGAUGACGGAGAAACACUGGACCACGAAUUUGGCGGUUUUGAUCAAGUGGUGGAUGAUAGUGAGGAUGACGGAGGAGGAGGAGGAGGUAAAGGAAGUGUUGAUUCCUCUAAGCAGCAAUGUUUGCUGGAGAGAAGAAGCAUUAAAGCUGGAGAUAUGCUCUUGGAGUCUGAUGGAUCUAAUGAUCAAGAAUGUCACACAGGGAAACAAGAAUCGAACUGUGAUGUCGUUACUGAUAGUCAUGGUCAAGGGCUGGAUUAUUUGGAUUCUCAGGAACCAGGAGAGGCAACACAAGCGGAAGCUCUUGGUUUUGUGGACCAACUUUUGAUGGACAAAGAUCUGAACUUGUCACCACCAGUGAGUCUCACGGAAACUAGUCUGAGAAGGAAGUCGCCUCCUUUCUCAGGUGCUAAAGGACGUCAGUCUCUGGCCAAGAGAAUCAAGACCAUGAGUCCAACCAAGAAAAUGAGUGUCUUUGAUUGGGACUGUGAGGAUCAGUGUGAUGUGAGUGGCCCUCAAAACUCUCCGGUCAAUGGUGCAAACGUUACAUUCUUCAAGAAAAGGGAAGAUCCUGAUGAUCCGUGUGCGAAUAGAAAAGUCUCAGCUCAUCCCACAAAAAGAUGUAUGCAGAACGAUUCUGCUAAACAUAACAAGAUGGAAAAGGCAUCGGGUUUGAGUCAGGGCAUUAUGUUAAUCUCGCAGAUGGAUGCUCAGUUGCAGGAUAAAGCGUCAAAGGAGCAUUCUGAACCUGAGGAAGAUUUUGUUGAUGUCGGUAUUAACACCCAGAUUGCUGCUGAAGCAAUGAGUGCUUUACUGUUUGCUCCCUGCGCUAUAGAAGAAGCUAGUGAAUCAGAAACGAGGGAUCAAGUCAGUAAUCUCUCUGGAAGGAACAAUGAUACCAUCGAGGGUAGUGCUCCAAACAAGAAGAGGAAAUUUACUAUGAAAGAGAGAACUGGUACAAACGCCUCUGCUAUAACAUGUCUUCUCAACUCAUGUGAAUGGAUGCAUCCCAGGGCCAAAAGAUCUCGUCUCAUCCAAACGCAUCACGUCCCACCUAGGAAAUCUUGGGGUGCUAGCUCGGCUAAAGACAGAAGCGAAACCAACACUCUGUCAGGUAGAUUAGUAGUAUCAUUAAGUGGGACAAGACAAGCCUCUUCUUGCCAAUCAGGUGUCGAUUUGGAUGUUCUAAACCAUGCAUCUCCAAAGAAAAUAUACGGCAGAAGUCAUGAAAGCUCUCGUGAUAAAGAUUUUCCUAGGCCAUUUCUUCCGAAGGAGAUCAAAAGGCUUGGAGGAUCAGGAAAGGUGGGUGACUUUAAGUGGAAAGACUUGAGGAGACGAAGAAACUUGGCACAUGUUCGAGUCUUAUUCAGCCAUAAUCUAGAUGAUGAAACAAUCAAGCAGCAGAAGAAGAUUAUGGGCCGACUGGGAAUUUCUCAAGCAUCUUCCUCCGAAGAGUCAACACAUUUCAUAGCAGAAAGGUUUUGUCGGACAAGGAAUAUGUUGGAAGCCAUAGCCCUUGGUAAACCUGUUGUUACACCUCUAUGGCUGGAGAGCUGUGUGCAAACAAGAUGCUUGUUAGAUGAGAAGAAUUACAUCUUGAAGGAUAGCAAAAAGGAGAAAGAAGGGUUCUCCUUGUGUACAUCUUUGGGCCGUGCAAAGCAUCAUCCCCUUCUUAAGGGGUUAAAAGUCUGCAUCACUCCCAACAUUAAACCGGACAGAGGUAUGAUUGCUCACUUAGUGAAGUUGACUCAAGGGCAGGUCGUGGAGAUAAGUGAAAUAAUUGCUGCAGAGGAUAGAGAAAUUCCAGAUGAUCUAUUGAUUAUUUCUUGCGAAGACGAUAGAAAAUUAUGCAUUCCUUUCAUUGAUCAAGGAACUGAGAUCUACACCGCAGAGCUUUUGCUGAAUGGAAUCGUGAUUCAGAAACUGGAUUAUGCCAGGCAUCGUCUCUUCUAAAAGGAACCAAAGAAACACAAAGUUUGCAGCAACACGGAUAUACUGGUUGG